AUGCAGAUCAACUUCACUGGCCUCAGGGCCCUGGUGACUGGUGCAGGGAAAGGAAUUGGAAGGGAUACAGUGAAGGCGCUGCAAGACUCUGGGGCUAACGUGGUGGCAGUGAGCAGGACCAAAGAGGACCUGGUCAGCCUUUCCAAGGAGCGUCCAGGGAUAGAGACAGUCUGCGUGGACCUGGAAAAUUGGGAGGCCACUGAACAUGCACUGGGAAACAUAGGCCCCGUGGACCUGUUGGUCAACAAUGCAGCCAUACUUCUGAUAGAGCCCUUUUUGGAGGUUUCCAAGGAGGCUUUCGACAGGACCAUCCAUGCGAACCUUCGCUCAGUCAUCCAUCUUUCCCAGAUAGUAGCCAGGGGGCUGAUUGCUCGAGGAGUCCCAGGAUCUAUCGUCAAUGUCUCCAGCAUAGUCUCUCGGGCGGCUAUUCAAGGCUUGACCUGCUACAGUUCCACCAAAGGUGCAAUGGACAUGCUGACCAAGGUGAUGGCUCUAGAGCUCGGGCCUCACCAGAUCCGGGUCAAUACCGUGAAUCCCACAGUGGUCCUCACUCCCAUGGGGAAGAAGGUCUCUGAUAAUCCAGAAUUUGUUAAAGCCAUGAAGAAACGCACUCCCCUGGGGAAGUUUGCAGAGGUGGAGGACGUGGUUCACAGCAUCCUCUUUCUGCUGAGUGACAAGAGUGCCAUGAUCAAUGGCUCAGGCAUCAUGGUUGAUGGCGGGUACCUGGCUUCCUAG